AUGACCCCAGACAACCGUGGCACCUCCGGCCAGGCUCCGGAGGAUACGCCAUCUUCUCGCGCUCGGGAUUUCUUCUCCGUUCCUGCACCGAUUAAGCGCAUCUUCGACCGAUUCCCUCUUGUCACCUAUCCUUCAAAUGACCUUCCUCAUCAUUCCGGGAUAGCCCGACGCGGCAACCGUUUGUUUGUCUUCACAGAUCCCGCGAGCGCCAGACGAGGGAGGCCGUCGUUCAACCCGCAAUGUCUCAAGUGGCAGGCAUACUUGAGAUUUGUGGGAAUUGACCUAGAAAUCGUCCCUUCAAACAACCACGCUUCUCCAACCGGCGCGCUUCCCUUCCUUCUUCCCGCGCUACCAGCCGCUACUACUGGGCCAAUUCCCUCGAACAAACUACAAAAAUGGGCCAUUGAACAGGUCCACUGUGAGGAAGAGCAGCAAUUGGAUGUGCGCUUUGAGGUGUAUGCCUCAUUACUGGAUCACCGGAUACGAAAUGCCUGGCUAUACAUGCUAUACCUGGACGCAAAGAACUUUGAAGCAGUAGCACGGAGACUAUAUGUGGAUCCAUCGACCAGCAAUUGUGCAGUGCGCGCCGCUCUGGCCAUGCAGCUCCAGCACGCUGCGCGCGACGAGCUACUGAGGACCUCGGCUUACGUGGAUGUCAUCGCCUUGGAGGCCGAUGCUGCGGACGCAUUUGAGGCGCUUUCGACACUACUAGGAGACAACGAGCAUUUCUUCAACCGACCGAAUCCCGGGUUGUUCGACGCCAGUGUUUUCGCGUACACGCAUCUGAUUCUGGAUGAAGAGAUGGGUUGGAAGCAGAAUCGACUGGGGGAGCUGCUGCGACAGCAUGAGAAUCUUGUACAACAUCGCGACAGACUGCUAAGAUUCUUUUAG